CAAUUCAUAUCUGAAUUCAAUCAUAUUCAACUGUUUCUAUUGCUAGAGAAUUGGCCAUGGCAAGUGUAAAGCUCAUAGGUGGUUAUUCACCCAAAGAAAACGAGCAUGCAGUAGGCUCACCAAGCCCAUUUGUGAACCGGGUUCAAAUUGCUCUGAACCUAAAAUCAAUCAACUAUGAGUUCUUACCUGAGACAUUUGGUUCCAAAAGUGAACUUCUUCUUAAAUCAAAUCCGGUUAAUAAGAAAAUACCAGUUCUUAUCCACCACAACAAGCCUAUAUGUGAGUCUCUUAUUAUUGUUCAAUACAUCGAUGAGUUAUGGACAUUUGGUCCCUCAAUCCUCCCCUCUGAUCCCUAUGAUCGCGCCAUUGAACGAUUUUGGGGAGCCUAUAUUGAUGAUAAGUGUUUUCCAUUAUUAACGGAAAUUCUUAAGGCAAAAGGAGAGGAAGAGAGAUUGGCAGCAAUAGACAAGCUGGUAGCAACGCUGUUGUUAUUAGAAGAAUACUUCAUCAACUGCAGCAGUGAAGGAAAUGGUAAUUUCUUCGGUGGGGAUAGCAUUGGUUACGUCGACGUAGCGCUCGGGUGCUUCUUGGGUUGGUUCAAGGCGUUGGAGAAGAUGUUCGAUGCAAAGGUGCUAGACAUAACCACGAUGCCGCGCCUGGCGAAGUGGGCUGAGAGGUUUUGCUCUGAUGAUGCAGUGAAGAAUGUUAUCCCUGAGAUUGAGAAGCUUUCGGAGUUUGCUAAAAUAAAUCUGAUGAAGUGAAAAAGCCUCACUAGUCUUAAUUGACAUGCCUUGAGUUGGGUUGGGUUACUUGGGAAGUCCAUGAAGUGGGAUGUUUUCAUUGUGAACAUUUUUAAUCUCGCUUAGUUUUCCCCUUCUAUUGUAAGUAAAAAUAAGUUUAAGCGUCACGUGAAAAUGAAAAUUAAAAUAACAUUUGAUAUAACAAAAUGAAAAUGAAAAUUUAUAUAAAGUAUGUAUUAUGAAUUUUUAAGGAGAAUAAGAAAUUAAGAUUUUCUUUU